AUGGUGAGUUAUUCCUUUCCAUUCCUUAUCAAACUGUAAGAAUUGUAGAAUAAGCCAACAAACUAUACCAACUUUAAUGAAUUAAACCGAAUCACAAAAAUGACAAUUGUUUAUAUGCCUUUAAAUUUAGAACUUUAAGAUUUUUAUUGGAUGAAUCUUAUAUUAAUUUAAUUUUUUGUUUCAAUAAAUUCUUAUUAAUUAUAUAUUAAAGGGUGA